AACCCGGCUUUCCAGAGAGCUGUUUCCUUAAAGCUAGACAAAGCGGUACUUCUUCAGCGGCCUAACACCAACAUCCUGGCAGACUUUACAUAUCAAUGAAGCUGUGAACUAAAGCUGCUGGAGUUGUAAAAUAAAAAACAAAACGACGCGGGAGAGAAUAAUUCAAGCCAAAGAGACAGCCACACAAAAGACUUGAAGCCUUUCUCUGUAAAAACACCCAACUGCAGUUUGAAGUCAUUUCAACGGAGCAAACCUUCAAGAUGACUGACUUCUGAGCGAAACCAACUGGAGACCCAGAGGAAGUUCUUCUAACGCCGUCAACUUUAACAACAGAAAAAAGACAAAGAAAAAGACGAAUAUUUACAUUGCAGCCAUGGACUCAGGAAAGCGAAUAACGUUUCCGUUGAUGUUGAGUGUUGGAACCGCUGUGAUCGGCUCUCUCCAGUUUGGCUACAACACCGGUGUCAUCAAUGCCCCUCAAAAGAUCAUUGAGAAGUUCAUCAAUGAGACGUAUUUUGAGCGCUACCAGGAGCCCAUCUCCAAGACCACCCUCACGGCCAUCUGGUCCGUUGCCGUCUCCAUCUUCUCUGUUGGUGGCAUCGUUGGCUCCUUCUCCGUCGGACUCUUUGUCAACCGCUUUGGAAGGAGGAACUCUAUGCUCAUGGCCAAUGUCCUGGCCUUCAUCGCAGCCGCUCUGAUGGGCUUUUCAAAGAUUGCCCACUCCUGGGAAAUGCUGAUUGUUGGUCGUUUUGUGGUGGGCCUCUACUCCGGCCUCUCCACAGGCUUCGUGCCAAUGUAUGUGGGUGAGAUUUCCCCAACAGCCCUACGAGGAGCCCUGGGCACCUUCCACCAGCUGGGCAUUGUUGUUGGCAUCCUCAUUGCACAGGUGUUUGGAAUGGAGGCAAUCAUGGGCAAUGACGACUUGUGGCCGCUCCUCUUGGGCUUUAUCUUCAUCCUUGCUUUGAUACAGUGCAUCUUGCUGCCUCUCUGCCCCAAGAGCCCUCGUUUCCUGCUCAUCAACAGGAACGAAGAGAACAAGGCCAAGGCCGUGUUGAAGAAGCUCAGAGGCACCACAGACGUGAGCUCUGACAUGCAGGAGAUGAAGGAAGAGAGCCGGCAGAUGAUGAGGGAGAAGAAGGUGACCAUCCCGGAGCUUUUCCGCUCGCAUCUCUACCGCCAGCCCCUCCUGAUUGCUGUCGUCCUGCAGCUCUCUCAGCAGCUGUCUGGCAUCAACGCUGUAUUCUACUACUCCACUCGUAUCUUUGAGAAAGCCGGAGUUGAGCAGCCUGUGUAUGCCACCAUUGGAGCCGGUGUAGUUAACACAGCUUUCACUGUGGUGUCGCUGUUUAUCGUAGAACGUGCAGGACGUAGGUCUCUGCACAUGCUGGGGCUGCUGGGAAUGGCUGUAUCUGCCGUCUUAAUGACUAUUGCCAUGGCUCUGUUGGACCAGCUCAAAUGGAUGUCAUAUUUAAGCAUCGUGGCCAUUUUUGCCUUUGUCGCGUUCUUCGAGCUGGGACCGGGUCCCAUCCCCUGGUUCAUCGUGGCAGAGUUGUUCUCGCAGGGACCCAGGCCUUCGGCCUUUGCUGUUGCCGGUUUCUCCAACUGGACUGCUAACUUCAUUGUGGGAAUGACUUUCCAGUAUGUAGAGGAACUGUGCGGCCCCUACGUGUUUAUCAUCUUCACUGUGCUGCUGCUCUUUUUCCUCGUCUUCACCUACUUCAAAGUUCCAGAGACCAAGGGCCGGACGUUUGACGAGAUCACGGCCGGUUUCCGCCAGACGGCUGCCACCGGAGGAGAAAAGAACUCGCCGGAGGAGCUCAACAGCCUGGGAGCAGAUUCUCCGCUCUGAGUGACUGAUCUUAACUUCGAACAAACUCUUUUUCAGACCAAGGAGAGGACUAGAAAUAGAGACAUCCAUUGGUAGAAUAAUUUUCACACUUUGUCACCGCAUUUCGAAUGUCACUACACAGAACAGCUCUGUGUGAUUCUCCAACAUGACGUUCUCUGCUGCCCCUCUCAUGAUGUCACACACAACAAAAACUAUGUCACCUGAUGUGGAGAGGGGAGUUGAGGAUAGAUGGGGAAGGUUUUUAAUAUUUUAAAGAUAAGAAGGAAAAGAAGUGUCUGCAUCAAUCAACCAAGCUUUUUUUUAACCUCUUUUUUCACUGAAUAUAUAUAACUGAUAUGUGCUUAUGCUCUGUUCUUUGUAGCUUGUUACCAUACAGUCAGAUUAUUAUCAUCUGUGUUCAGA